AACAUCAAACAUCUGGAAGGCUGCAGUCUGUCCAGGCAGGAAGAAGAAACGAUGGACAGCAGCACUGGCUUUGAGCGGGAUAGAGACCGUGCCGCUUCAGGCCAUGGCCAGGGGCUGAAAUUGGAGCCCUGUUUCCAGACUGACUCUCUCUUGCCUUCCCCCAGUGCAUCCCUGAUUCCACAGCUCCUCAGCCACACAAUGGUUGGCAGAAACUUGGAUCCCACCGUUCUCUUCCCUUCCUCUCAGGCAGUGGCCCUGCCUCAUGACUACGAAUGUGGUGCAAGUCUUGGAGAAGAAGCACAAGCCCUGGCUUUCCCCAGGACCCGCGCCCCAGCUCCCCUGCCCUGCACUGGUGGUGGGGACCAGCUCUCUGACCAGCACCUACGAGCCAAGCGGGCCAGGGUGGAGAGCAUCAUUCAGGGCAUGAGCCUCCCACCAACCCCGCAGGCAUCUGACACAAGCCUGGGGGCAGCUUUUGGGCAUGAGAGGGAAAGGGGUGGGGAGAUGCCCCAGGAGAGCAAGAGGAAGCCAAGAGUGCCCCAGCAGGGCAUGGGGGCAGCUGGAAGAGUGCCUCACACAGGGGGCAGCUCCCAUGCCAAGGGCUGCCAGCAGCUGAAAGAGCAGCUCUGCUUCUUAGAGCAGCAACUGAGGUGGCUUCAGGAGAAGUUCUACCAAGUCUGUGACACUGAGGAUGCUGCCCAAACACAGGAAGAUUCAGAGAUAGUGCAGCCACUGCCUGGAAAGCCCCAAGACAGACUGAACAAGGACAGUGGCACUGCCACCAGCAACCCACACCGAGUGCCUCUCAGGAGGAGUGUCCUGGAGGCGUGUGGGCUGGAGGAGGCUGAGGACACAGGUGACACAGGUGGCCUGCCCUCGGCAGUGAGGGUACUCUCACAGGCACUGAAGCACGAGCUGUCUGUGGUGACAUGCCACGUAGUGGACUCUGUCCUGAAGACUCUCUGGCCAAAGGCAGACAGCCACAUCCAGAAGCAGCACCACAGCCCUCCAGUGCUGGGGCCAGAUGCCAGGAGAGAGUAUUCUGCUGGUGGGAAAUGCAGAAAGCCACUUGCUAAGCCAUCUGCCAUGAAUGCACCAGGCUCCCUGGGCUCACCCCAGGCUGAGGCCCUGACAGGAGCUUCGGGGAAGAGCCUGGGCUCUUAUGCUGCCUCCUUCAGCUCAAAGGGGGUCAGAAAAUCCUCUCGGGUACCCAGCAUGGGUUAUUCCCUGGGCUCAGCCAUGCCUGUCCAGAACAGGCAGCUGUUGAGCCAGCUGUUGGGCCAUGGCCAGCACAGCCCCUGGGGCAGUGACUCUCGUGAGAGCCCAUCUGCUCUGGAGAGGGGUUGUCCAGAGCCCCUCAAGCUGCCCUGGGGAUCUGUUAAACUGAGGUCAUCGAUUGCGAGCCAGCAGCAGCACCAUCCCCUGCCCCUGAGCCCUGCCAGCAUGGAGAGCCUGGCACUGCUGCCAGCUGGCAGGGAUGGCCACGGUGAGCUGCCAGCUGCAAAUGAUGGAGCACCCUUUGCCUCGACCCACAUACAGGAGGCGCUGACCCCCGGGCACCUGAAGAAGGCCAAGCUGAUGUUUUUCUUCACCCGCUACCCCAGCUCCACUCUGCUGAAGACCUACUUCCUUGAUGUGCAGUUCAGCCGCUGCAUCACCUCCCAGCUCAUCAAGUGGUUCAGCAACUUCCGUGAGUUUUACUACAUCCAGGUGGAGAAGUUUGCCCGGCAGGCCCUGCUGGAGGGUGUGGUGGAUGCUUGCACUCUCCAGGUCUCCCGGGACUCAGAGCUCUUCCGUGCCCUCAACAUGCACUACAACAAGGGGAAUGACUUCGAGGUGCCAGGGCGCUUCCUGGAGGUGGCCAGCCUGACACUGCAGGAGUUCUUCAGUGCCGUCAGGGCAGGCAAGGAUGCCGACCCCUCCUGGAAGAAACCCAUUUACAAAAUCAUUUCCAAACUGGACAGUGACAUCCCAGAAGGGUUCAAAGCUGCUGGCUGCUCCCAGGAACUGCUCCACAGCUGA